AUGGCUGAGAUGUGCAGUGCAAUAGAUCUGGACUAUAAUGAAACUGGUAGUAAAAAUAAAUAUUUCGAUAGUUUGACAGUACCACUUUCAACGAGCUCAAUGGCAACGGGAGACCAACACAACCACAAAGAUAACAAGGAGCAGCUUCGACCACUCCUUGUGUUUGGUCCUCCAACAAUCUUCCCAGUUUUUGAAGCUCAAAACUUUCACAACUACCGUUUCCUUAAAGCUUUCUCCUCACAAGUCCCUCUCCGUCAGUUCCUCACCGAGCAAAAAGUUGACCCUUCAUCCAUUCAAGCUAUAUUUUGCAACCCUGUACAGAAGGUCUCAGCAGAUGUCAUCCGGCUUCUACCCUCACUCCGCAUCAUUGUGACCAGCAGCACUGGAACCGAUCACAUAGACUUGGUUGAGUGCAGCCGCCAUGGUAUUCAGGUUGUCUCUACUGCAGGAGAUCAUGCCGGGGAUGUUGCUGAUAUGGCUGUGGGGUUGUUGCUUGAUGUAAUGUGGAAAAUUUCUGCCGCUGAUCUACAUGUUCGGAAAUGGGGUCCUUCUAUGCCCUUGAAUCUUUCUUUUGGUUCCAAGGUACUGCUCAUUCUUCUGCUUGUUCAAUCUAUGGGUGCUCUUUACAUAGCAUCAUUCGGCUUUGUGUUUCAGCUGAAAGGAAAGAGAGUAGGGAUUGUUGGAUUGGGAAAAAUUGGCACAGCAGUUGCUAAAAGGCUUGAGGCCUUUGACUGCAGAAUUAUGUACAAUUCAAGAAACGAGAAGCCAUUUGUUUCUUACCCCUUUUAUUCUAAUGUUGUUGAGCUUGCUGGUAAUAGUGACGUCCUUGUGCUUUGUUGCUCAUUAAAUGAACAAACGCGGCACAUAAUCAACAGGGAAGUGAUGUUGGGUUUGGGGAAAGAUGGAGUUAUUAUUAAUGUUGGCCGUGGAGCUCUAAUUGAUGAAAAGGAAUUGGUGCGGUGUUUGAUGGAAGCGGAGAUAUGGGGUGCUGGCUUGGAUGUGUUUGAGAAUGAGCCUAAAGUUCCCAACGAGCUCUUUGCAUUGGAUAAUGUCGUCCUCUCCCCACAUGCUUCUUCAUUUACUUCAGAUAGUUUCACUGAAUCAUGCAAACGUUCAGCAGAAGCUCUAGAAGUGUUCUUUUCAAGUAAUAUAUCGAGUACUCCACUCUUGGAUGACUAA